AUUAUUUCCGACGUGUAAGCGCGCCGGUGUGGAAAAACAUCGUGAGGUAUCGCAAAUGAUGUUGGUGCUGGCUAUUCUUCUCUACGGCACAGUUGUGAGCUGUUUCUUCUGCCUUCUGAAAGACUUCAAUGUGUCCCCGGUGAGCAUCAAUUCCCUCAUCCCUCAUCUUGAGACGAGUGGUGUGGGAAUAAUGCACAGCCCAAUCAGGCCCUCGACUACACAGACAAUGCCUCUUCAAAAUCUUACUGCGACUCCAUUGGAUCCAUCGCGAAACUGCUUACUCAGGGGACGACCUUAUUGUUGGUCUGUUUUGGGGUCGUGUUGUUUGCUUGCCUUGAAGAGGCACAGUUAGUACGGCCUAUAUAUACUGUUCGCCUACGACGCCCCAGCGCCAUGGUCCUGUUUCCGCGCCGCACAUGGCUUUCCAGCUACUUAAGCGCCCAGGUCCAUUUAUUUGGCCUACUUGCAGACCUACAUUAGUUCCAGAACAAGACAGUUAGAGUUCUAGCGUGUUUGCAUACGACACAUUUUCAAGUGUUCGAAAAAGUGCAAUGUAGCAGCGCGGAGGUCUUCACAGAAGUUCGGCCUGUCGGACGUCCUACAGAAGUGUCUAUGUGUUCCUCAAUCUGACUUAUGAAAGAUAGUAUCUCGCAUUGCUCCUGUAUUGUAAGAUGCAACUGUAAUAUAUGU